AAUGGCGUGAAUCACACUUACAUAUUUUCUUAAAAAUAACAAAGGAACUAGUCGAGUCGUCCUUGCCAGCAAGAGCUGCCAAAAAAAUCAGCUUUUUACGUAACUGUGAAAAUAUUUUGGUCCUCUUUUCCUUGCAGAAUUUUUUAAUUCAGCCACUUAGUUUGCGGAAUAUUUUCUCAAAAGAUGUGCUUUUGGAAAAUAUGAGAAUGUGAUGUUUGUAUUGGUUUUUGCCUUGGAAGUAUUCCAUGAAUUACAUUUUUGUUUGAUCUCUUUCAUAAGAUAGUCAUGAAUACUGACCUCAACAGAGACAAAUGAAGCAUACAUCCCUUUAGAUGUUGUUCUUUUGUGAUUCUACUUAAGUCAUUGAUGCGCUCUGUGGUGUAGCCACUCCUAGGACAGUUUACCACUGAUUUGUGUGUUGUCCAUUUGUAGAUAGUGGCUUUCAAUCGUUUGUCUUGCAGUCCCAAAGUCUUACAAAUGGCUUUGUAACCAUUUCCAAACAAAUAGAGGUCAAUGGGUUUGUUUGUUCUAGAAUAUCUUUAGAUUUGAAAUUGACAUGUUGCUUUGACCUACUUCAUUCAGCCUGACAUUACGUGAUUUCUUAAUGCUAGACAUUAGUCAGAAAUCAAGCCUGAAUUUGACUAAGGAGACUUAACCAAAACAUGAAGUUAAUCCCAAUUAUUAUUAAUUACUAAGAGGGACAGGGGUGGAGCCUGUUUCUUUAAUAAAUAAAAUCAUGAUAGUACUUUUGGUUUUUACUCAGUUAUCUUUAAUAUUACAAUUUCUUUGAAAAGAGGGCUGAUACAUUUUCAUAACAGUUCAUAUUAACAGUAAUAGAAAUAUUAAUAAUGCAAUGUAGCUCUAAACAGAUGGAGCCUUGCGUUAGAUCUAACCACUGUGAUCUUGCAGCUCAGAGCAUUACCCAAUAUAUCUGCAGAAACACACUUCUGCUGUUGGGAGCUCAGUGUGCAGUGUGUUAAUAGAACCAGCACAUGUGAGACAGAUGAACUGGUAUCUACUGCCUGCACUGAGCUAAUGAAAAAGCUGCAUUUGCUUUUCAUUUUCUGUGCAGUCUUCCCAAGUCACAUGGGUUCUUUUUUAGUGCUGAUUGCAACAAGUCUUUGUCACCAUAGCCACUCACUUCCUUGUAUCUUUAGCCAAACUUGAAUGUCAUUCAUUCACCAAGACCUUUACUCAGUCGGCACUUAAGAAGAGAGGAGCAGCACUGGAGCUUAGAUUGAGAAGACUUACUUGAAGUAGCAACAACUGGAUUAAAUCGAGUGGGAAAACAAAGGGCCACACCACUUUGUCUCACUUAGAUAGCAGAACACCACUGGAAAUAUCAUCUCAAAGAAAAUAAACAUCUCCAGAGUGACCAGCUAACCAACGUGUUUUACUGCGACCAGCCGGGGGUUCAGAUAAAUGGCUGAUAAACAGAUCAGUUUGCCUGCCAAAUUGAUCAAUGGAGGGAUUGCCGGGAUUGUCGGAGUGACCUGUGUGUUUCCCAUUGACCUGGCCAAGACUCGCCUGCAAAACCAGCAAAAUGGAUCUCGCCUUUAUACCAGCAUGUCAGACUGCCUUAUUAAGACCAUUCGAUCAGAGGGGUAUUUUGGGAUGUACAGAGGAGCUGCGGUGAACCUAACGCUAGUUACACCAGAGAAGGCUAUCAAAUUGGCUGCUAAUGACUUCUUCAGGCAUCACCUCUCCAAGGAUGGAAAGCUCACUCUGGUCAAAGAGAUGCUGGCUGGGUGCGGAGCGGGUACAUGCCAGGUUAUUGUAACAACUCCUAUGGAGAUGUUGAAAAUCCAGCUGCAGGACGCAGGGAGGCUUGCUGCUCAGAGGAAGCUCAUGCCAGAGACAGUGGCAGCAGGAACUGUGGAGACAAAAUCCCCGACAGCCAUGCAGAUCACCAGACAAUUACUGAGGGAAAAGGGUAUUGCUGGACUCUAUAAGGGCCUUGGUGCCACACUGCUCAGGGACGUUCCUUUCUCCGUCAUCUACUUCCCCCUUUUUGCUAAUCUGAAUAACCUGGGGAAGAAAGACGCAGAGGGCCCCGCUCCUUUUUACGUGUCGUUCAUAUCAGGCUGCGUUGCAGGAAGCACAGCGGCUGUUGCAGUCAACCCUGUUGAUGUGAUAAAGACUAGACUUCAGUCCCUGACUCGAGGAAGCACAGAAGACACGUACUCUGGAGUGAUCGACUGUAUCAGGAAAAUCAUGCGCAACGAGGGUCCUUCAGCCUUCCUGAAGGGAGCCUACUGUCGCGCCCUGGUCAUCGCACCUCUGUUCGGCAUCGCCCAGGUCGUCUACUUCCUGGGCGUGGGCGAAUAUAUCCUCAGCUUCUUGCCUAAGAAAAACAACUAAGACGCGCCUCUGUUCUGCCUUCCCUCCCAUGAUGCAUUACAUCAGCUCCAUGAGGAUUCGUCUGAUUCUUAGAGGUUUUUUUUUUUUUUUUUUGGAUCUCAUUUAUUUUUGUUUUUAAAUUGUUGUGCUGAAUGUUCAAAAAGUUCAGAAGGGAGCCUUUGUUUUGCCAAGAUGCCUGUGGCAGCGCACAAGUUUCCAGUUGGCAAGCUCCGCCACAGCAGCUUUCUGGAAAUCAUGCUACAAACAGAGGUCUGUAAUUAAAUGAUUUUAUUGUACUUUUAAAUAUGAUUGUCAAACUUAGCAAAUUAGAUGUACUGCCCUUGGCUGCAGCAGCUCUGCAAGCCGUUCAGUAAUGCUCUUUGGAGGCUUCAUUACCCUUUUAAUAUCAGAACAACCUGUUGCAUUUGAUGUGAAAUUUCCAUUUUCCUCUGCCCUAAAUUAAGCAAUAAAGUCAAAAUCUUCUGUUAGAAAUAUAUAGAAAAUCUGGAGUAGGCAUGGGCCAGAAUGAAAUUCUCAUGGUAUGACAACUAUGUGCACAAAAACCAUGAUAUUACUGGUUUAGACAUAAAUUCUGAAACAACAAUUCAUAAAAUUCUUUUAAUUUGAAGCAGAAAAUCAAACAAGCAUUGCUACUCCUGCUAAAAUUAUACUACAAUGAGUUAUGAUAUUGUUAAAUAUCAAAUAUAUUAUGAUUAAGAAUAUUAAUAUUUUAUUGAUAAAUGGACACAAGCAAAUAUGCAAGGAUUUAGCUUAUUAUUAUGCAGAACAUAAAUUAUACACAUACUUUUGUGGUUUUGUUGUUUAGAGAGAGAAACUAUAGGGGUCUACUAAUGUUAUUAGCUGGUUAAUUAGAUAGCUAGCCUGCAGCCAGCUGCUGAACAGACAUACCAAAGUGUGACAACAAGUGAUAGGUGGAAAUCAGUUGGCUUUCAUGAACAGCUAAUUUUGUUCUUUCUUGAACACAAGGGCAAAAGUUAGCAGCCUUUUUAAGCCAGCUGACCAACAGCGUGCAGAAAUAGUUUGGGGAGGGGCUUGGAAAAAUGUGUUGUUGUUUCCAUGGCUCCUUGUUAGAAAAACCUUUAGUUGAAAUAACUGUAUAAUGUAAACCUUUCAGUGUAACUUUUUAAAACCAUUGUAAUACAUUGAUUUCAGUAACCAGCCCAUGCCUAUUCUGGAGCUUUAGAGCAUUACUUAGAAAAAAGUCAAACAGUCUUUAUGUAAUGAGAGAAUACUAAACAGUGGGAGUCUGGUUCAUGCCAAGUCCCAGGACAGUGUGUUGAUGUGAUACCAGCUCACUCCCUGUAAUCUUUCCUGGGAAUCUACUUCCCUUUCCCUGUACAGUAAGUGGUUGUAAUGAACUCAGCGGUUCAGCUCAGAGCAGGCUUUGAUUGCCUUGGCUUUUUAAGGAGAUCAGGUUCCAUCUGAUAUUUAGCUUAGCCACAGUGGUUCUAAUGUUUGGCCUCCGAGAACAAUGUCUGUUUUUUGUUCUCACACCAUGCAACUUCUGAUUAUUGUGAACGGCCACAAACUAUGUGUUGCUGAAGUUUAAAUUCGAAACAAAAUCACAGUUGAGUGAUCAUCGAGGAGAUUGCCUUUGAGCUUUAAGACCCUUGCGUGCUGAAAUGUUCUGCAAUCUGUGAUUUACUGUGGAUUUCUAGAUGGUCAGACAUCAUGUUGUGAAACCUGUAGACGCAGACUUGUUUUUUUUUUUGUUUACACAAGAGUUUGCUCUUCAUUUUCCAGCUUUGUCCAAACUUGCGUUCAGUGGCAGGACCCAAAGAGCUAAUGAAAAAUGUUUUCAUUCAUUUGAAAAGUCAGACCAGUGCGCUCUCAGUGUUGUGCGAUUUGUACCAAACAUUUCUGCUUGUUUGCUUUAUUGGUUUUGUUUGCUUUAAGCCGCCGGGCGUAAAAAAGAAAAAAGAACAGCCCUGUCGUAUCUUGUUUAUGCAUCACAACACUGAGGCGCCCUGCCAUUGGUGUAUCUAGUCGGAGAUCAAGGUGACUUUGAUGUGUAUUAUCCAAUCACAUUCCUUCCUUGCUCCCACUGGUCAAGCAGCUCUUCACUUGUUCUGUUGCACUUCUGAUGCAACUUUUUCAGUGUGAUAUCAUUUGUGGGAGUGAGCUUUAUUUAUAGAUAUUCCCUCCUAGAAGCAGUAUAGCGUUAUAUAUUUGUAUGUUUUUUUUUUUUUAGUGUUGUAUUGUCUACUUUGUUAUCUAUAUUGUACAUAUUCAGAUGAAAUGAACUCUGUUUUAGAAUUUAUUGUUUUUGUACAUUUUGGUUUAUUUGCACACCUACCUCUCCACCUUUCCCAUUCAAUUCAUAUUGUGGUGAUUUUAUGUUAGAAUGAUAAGUCAAAUGAAGGAACAUCAAAGAGUUUUUUUAUUACUGUACGCCAAGGGGAACACUAGCUGAUCUUCAGAUGGAUUUUUUUUUUUUUGGAGGUGGCCAUUUUCCCCGGACUAUGAGUUAAAUCUGUGGGUUCAGCCGCUUGUUUGAACAUAGGACCAAAUGAAGAAUCUUACUGCUGAAGUUUAGUUUCCAGUGAAUGACAUAACAAUAAAUAAAUGCACACUGAGGAAGACGAGCUCUAAGGAAGCUGCUUUGUUAAUGUCUGAAUGGUGCUUCUUCUACGAGGCUGCUGCAAUACGACAGAGGCUGCACUAAAAACCGAGGCGGCUAAACUCAGCCUCUCUCCACGUCUUACUGUAACUGAAAGCCAUAAAUCAGGGAGGAGACCGCUAGAUACCAAGUGGCACCUUUCAACAGUGGAAGCAGACAAUAAGUUUGAGGGAGGUGAAAAAAGCAAAAAGAACCACCAACUCAUUUAAAUUUGGCUUUAUUAUUAUUAUUAAUAUUAUUUUCUUUGACAUUCCGACUUGAUUUUACAUGCAUUUCUGUUCAGAAGUUUACAUACAGUUAUGGGCAUGGAUUUAAUUUAACUUUUCCUUUUCCAGGUUGGAGAGAUGAUACUUUGUACUACUAUGUUUUUUAAGAACAAGAAUUGGAUGCUUAGUAUAUAUUUUUAACAUGAGUCUAAAUCCACACAGGGUCAAAAUUACACAUUGCAUUGGUUAAAUGCUCCAGGAGCACAAGCAGCAAAGCAGACCCUUACAAAAAAAUCCCAUGAAAGUCACAUGUGACUUUCAAAUGUGAUCACAUGUGCCACAUGAAAGCCACACAUGUGGUUCACACAACUUGUCACAUGUGAAUGAUGUGAAUCACAUGUGAAAGCCCAUGUACAUGUGUGACUUUGGAACAUUUUGUGGUAAAAUCACAUGAUUCCCAUGUGAUACACAUGUUUUCACAUAUGUAUCACAUGUGCAUUACGUUUCAUAUGUCUAUCACAUGUGAGACACAUUGAUACACAAGAUGUGAAACCCAUGUGGAUCACAUGGUAUACACAUUUGCAACACAUGCAACAGGUGUGAAAUAGUUGAAAAUAUAUACAAUUAUAAAAUAAUGGAGCCACAUUUUUUACCAUGAAAAUUUCCAAAUUCUUCAUAUUAUUCACUUUUCACGAUGAAUGUGAGGUCACAUGUCAAUCUCAUAUAAUUUUAUAAGACAUAACUGCAUACUAAAGUAAACUUGUAGCUAUUAAUCAAGACUUCCAAGACAAGUAUAUACGUAUGUACACAAACAACAAUUUAUUUACUUCUGUUUGAAACAGUAACAGAAACAACUUUUAACAUCUGAGCAUGACACCAUACAGAUUUGCCCCAAAUCAGGCCCAGACAAUAAACGUGUGGAAACCAGAUGUGUAGAAACGCGUUUAAUACCAUCAGUGCCAGUCCAGAGAGGGAAAACAAAACCUCAGAUAAAACCUCAGCGACUGGUCCUUCACAGUUGUUUCAGGAGAGACUGUAGCAUUCGACUGUGAACCAACAUUGAGUAUCCUUAAUGUCUUCAAGGAGGGUGAGAGAAUACACACACACACAUGUUGGCAUUGGUGGCCUGUACAGGGGUCUUAUAUGUUCCAGUAACCACAGGUGAAGGUGCUGUGGGUGGUGAUGCUCAGGUGGGGAGUUUUCCUUCUCCAGUGCUGAAGGUGAUGAGGUCUCUGGCUGUUCUGAUGUGUUGCCCCAUUCAUUCCUCAUCUGAGCUUCACUGGUCCACUGGCCUCGAAACAAAGCUCAUAUGACCUUGACUACAUUUUAUAUACACACACAGCAGAGUCCUACUUUUACAUUAGCAUGUAAUUUACCAGAAUGACAUGGGGUGCUCUGAUCUGCUAAAUAAAGCAGCAUAACGUGACGUUGUUUGGUGACUCCACAUGUGGAACAUGGGAACCACAUGUGACCCCAUGUGAAUUUAAUGGGAUUUUUUUGUAAGGGGACCCUCAGCAUGAUGCUGCCUUGGUACUGUCAGGGAUAUCACAUUGACUCCACUGAGCAUUAUUUUUAGUGUUGUGAUAAAACUAACAAUAAGCUUCUGGAAAGGCCCUGAUAUCAAUUCUACUAAAGAUAUGAGAGUGAUUCUUUAAUGUGGGAACUUAACAAGCCAAUAAGAACAUUGAUCAGAUAUCUAGAAUUAUGCCUGAAGCUUGUUGAAGGUCUUAGAAAACAUCUAAGUGAUUCAAGACAUUUUGCCAAAUAUAAAUAAUAAAACAGAGAGAAAAUCCACACUGUUUUCAAAACUGUAAAACCUAGUUUUGUGAUCUAUUAUUGUUCCAACCUGGAAAAGAGAAGAGCUGAAAUGCAUCAUUAAAAGCCCAACAUCAAACAUUUCUGCUCUAAGUAAGUGAAUGUAAAGUUCUGUCCAGAACCUGUAUGCUGUGAUUAUGGUGAAAUGGUCUGUUGUAAUGUUGAUAUUACUGCUUGAUUUCUUUUUAAACCUCAUCCCUUCUCCUUCUCCCUCUUUAGAUUGUUUUCAUCAGUUUUUAGCUGAAUCUCAAAAUUCUUCUUGCUUUCUUUUGUUUUGUUUUUUAUUCAGCUGUGAAUUGUUUCACCGACCUUGUGCAUUCGGUUGUGUAUGUGCGCGUGUGUGUCUGAUAGUGUAGUGCUGUAGUUGAAGUGUAGUUGUUAGUGUGCUACGGUUUCUCUUUUUUUCUCUCUCUGUUUACUCCCUCUGUGUGUGUGUUUUUUUUGUCACAAUCCUCUGCCAGUAUGCAGGUUGUGUGCAGAGAAACUUCUAAAAACACCAAAUGUACUAUUCGGAGUGUGUACAAUCAGAGAAAGCACAAGGGAAUUUUUAGGUAUAUGUUUCUCUCUAAAUACUCCACAAGCUGAUUUGGAGAACAUGUAUCAAACUGAUUUAUUUCUUUGAAUCUGUUGCUAUAAAUUUCUAUAUAAAAGAAACAUAUUUAUCUGCAGUGCUAGUCAGAACUUUGCAUGCACUCAUCAAAUCGUUACAUGUAAUUAUUUGAGUUGAUGUUUUGCCUGGAUACCGAAAGGAUUCUUGCAAGAUUAGAACAUUACAUCGGACCAGUAAAAAACAUUUCUGAAACAGAAAUGUGGGCUUAAUGAAAAGUGUGUUUAAUAUGCUUUUAUAGGUUCUUAUAACUAGAUAUCAGAACGGUACGUUCCAAUUCAUUGAAUAUUUUCUUUUUAUAAAUAAUGGUAAAUUAUGAUUGUUUUGGGAUCUUUGUCUUGUUGAAACACCAAAAUGUGUUUAAAUUUUAACCACCUGACCUGCAGUACGGUUGUCACCCUUAAAUGCUGGAAAAUUGGUUAAAAAUGAUCAGGAAUGAAGGUGAACUACUUGCAAACUACGCACCUUUAUCUCUAAUCAGAUGUGUGGUUGAAAUCUAAGUGUUGUUGACUGUUUUAACAGACACAUUACAACAGAUUUUUUUAAGAGAUACAGCAGGUUAAUGUUAAAUUUUUAGAAAUCCUUGACUAUAAAUUUUGUUCGCAAUGCUAAUGUUGAAAUUAAAUAAACAUUUAUUGAUGUUGAUUUGACCAUCUACCAAGAAUUGUGGUCAAAAAUCUAGCCAGAAUCAUGUCAGACGCUAUAACAGCCAUGCUGUCAAGGUGCAACUAGUAAAGAAGAAAAUGGGACUCGGAUGUACAUUUUUUGACCCUGUGUGGGCUAGGAAAAAAAAAAUCCAUGAUAAAUUCAAACUUGCAACCCUAUGUCUGUUUUAAAAAUAAUUUAAAGCUGUAUAAUUAUUCCUCCAUGUGUAAAGAUUAGCUUCAAUUAAUCAGAAAGCGUACCCAAAUUAUUCAGAGUGUAUGCAAACAUCUGACCAGCACUGUAUAUUUAUCUAUGUCUGUAAACCUAGAGGGCUGAGACCCACAUGAUAGUGUCCACUAUGUUAGAUAUAAGCAGUAAGCCACAAGAUGUAUAUCGCCUACAUAUUCUAUAUGAAUCAGAUAUAAGAAUGUAACUUAGAUAUUAUGAGAUGUAUUAUAAUUAUUGUGAAGAGUUUAUAACAUUUUAAUCUGAAGAUUUGUGCUUUACACUUUCACUGAAAAAUUCAUGAGCCAGCUUACUGUUAUGCAAUAAGUAGCCACACACACUAGCGUGUUAAGAGAGGAGGCACUGAAUACAACCAAGUAAUCACAGCAUCACACACACACACAUACAGAGUAUUAUUAUUGCAACCAGGAAGCUCAGAGGCCGUUCGGACUCUGGACUCACCUCGCAGCCCUUGUUCUCUUCCUCCAAGAGGAACCGUGCAAUAAAGCACUUUAAAAAACGAGGACCCCCGCCUUCGAUCUGCUAAGCCUCUCUAUCACAGAGGCCGUUUGUGAGGUAGUGUGGUGAAAGGCACAGUUGUCUGUUAACAUUUGUCUGCAACGCAAUGGAAAAGAAAAAAAAUAUUGUGUUCUGUGUCACAAUUUACUGUUCAAUAAACUGACUGUCCUUAAA